AUAUAACGCGAGUCUGAAGCCCCAGAAAGCUCACACUUCUCCGAACUGCUCAGCCCUAAGGCACCGAGCGCCGGAACCCAGAAGGCAAGCCGCAGGAGCCCAGCGCCCAGGCCGUUGGACCGCUGCCCUCGACACCAUGGAUCUGCAUCUCUUGGACUACUCGGAGCCGGGGAACUUCUCCGACAUCAGCUGGCCCUGCAAUGGCAGCGACUGCAUCGCGGUGGACACCCUGCAGUGCGGCCACGUCCCCAACAAGAGCGUCCUGCUGUACACGCUGUCCUUUGUGUACAUCUUCAUCUUCGUGAUCGGCAUGAUCGCCAACUCCGUGGUGGUCUGGGUGAACAUCCAGGCCAAGACCACGGGCUACGACACCCACUGCUACAUCUUGAACCUGGCCAUCGCCGACCUGUGGGUGGUGGUCACCAUCCCCGUCUGGGUGGUCAGCCUCGUGCAGCACAACCAGUGGCCCAUGGGCGAGCUCACAUGCAAGGUCACCCACCUCAUCUUCUCCAUCAACCUCUUUGGCAGCAUCUUCUUCCUCACCUGCAUGAGCGUGGACCGCUACCUGUCCGUCGCCUACUUCGCCAGCACCUCCGGCCGCAAGAAGAGGCUGGUGCGCCGCGCCGUGUGCGUCCUGGUGUGGCUGCUGGCCUUCGGCGUGUCCCUGCCCGACACCUACUACCUGAAGACCGUGACGUCCGCCUCCAACAACGAGACCUACUGCCGGGCCUUCUACCCCGAGCACAGCGUCAAGGAGUGGCUCAUCAGCAUGGAGCUGGUCUCCGUGGUGCUGGGCUUCGCCAUCCCUUUCUCCGUCAUCGCUGUCUUCUACUUCCUGCUGGCCCGCGCCAUCGCCGCCUCCAGCGACCAGGAGAAGCAGAGCAGCCGGAAGACCAUCCUCUCCUACGUGGUGGUCUUCCUGGUGUGCUGGCUGCCUUACCACCUGGUGGUGCUGCUCGACAUCUUCUCCGUCCUGCACUACAUCCCCUUCACCUGCCAGCUGGAGGCCUUCCUCUUCACGGCGCUGCACGUCACGCAGUGCCUGUCGCUGGUGCACUGCUGUGUCAACCCCGUGCUCUACAGCUUCAUCAACCGCAACUACCGGUACGAGCUGAUGAAGGCCUUCAUCUUCAAGUACUCGGCCAAAACGGGCCUCACCAAGCUCAUCGACGCCUCCCGCGUGUCGGAGACGGAGUACUCCGCUUUGGAGCAGAAUGCCAAGUGAUGGCUUCCCGUGCGGCCUCUGGACCUGUGCGCGGGGCUCCCCCGGGGGGACCCGCCGGGCCGCCUGGUUUUCCGGAGGAAAGCCGAGUGGCUUCGGGCUUGGUGACCCUCGUUGGCGCGGAGAGGGCCAGCCUGCGUCCCUCUGGCUCCUUUCUCGCUCUCGGCCCAGCGGGGCCCUCGAGGGGCCCCUGUGACAAGCCCCCGCCGCUCGUCACACCAGCUUCGGGUCAGGCUUGCCUGCACUUCUGUAACAUAAGACUUUCCUGUGCUGCCUGAAGGUUUUAUAAUGGGGAUUUGUAUUUAAAUCUUAAGACUAUUUUUCUCACUCUCGAUGUACCCUCUCAAUGUAUUUGAAAGUUAAUAUUUUAAAUAUCGUAUGGGAGGAUCCAUGCUGACAUGUACUCAGUGUCGUAGUUCUGAGGUUAGCUUGACUUCCGUUUUGACUAAGGAUGACAUUAAUUGUUAGCUGUUUUGAAAGCCUCUUGCUAUAUAAAUAUAUAUAUAUAUAAAUCAAUAUAUAUGCCAGUCUUGGCUGAAAUGUUUUAUUUACGAUAGUUUUAUAUCUGUUUGGUGCUUUGGGCCGGUCUGGGAUACGGAACAAAAACUGCUCUAUAAUGCAGUUUGUGACAUUAAUAUUAUUGUAAAGUGACAUUAAAAAUAAAUGCGGUGACACUAUCCCAGUCUGUAACACGGCACACAAAACAAACCCUUGUAUUCCAGAGAGUUCUUUCCAUUUGUAAGUUAUUUUUUU